UCCAGCCAAGUUUUGGCUUCAUCGCACCAACACCCCACAACGCGCAAUCAACAUCUCAAUCUGUUAGGGGAUUGUUGCCGCCGUUAACCUUUCCAUGGAGUCAUCCUCCAAAUUCAUUUCUUAUUGACACCGGAACCGCCGCCGAGAGCGCAGCCGCAUCGAGUACUCUUUGGCGCGUCAAGGGAAUCCCCCUUCGGUGUUGAAGCUCAUCUGAGUAGCGGGUCAACGAUAUCGAGAUGUCUUCGUUUCCACCGCCGCCGCCUCCCCCAGGCUGGGGCCCUCCGCCUCCGCCUCCAACGCCUCCUCCGCCGGGUCCCCCAUCGUCGCUUCCUCCCCCUCCCGCGAUCCCAGCUCCGCCGCCACCGGGGUACCGUCCGCCGACUGAUCCCCAGAUCGCCAAAUUUGCGCAGAAGAAGAAGGAAUGGCUCCGUAUGCAGCGAAGUCGAUUCGGCGAGAAGAGGAAGGGUGGAUUUGUGGAGACGCAAAAGGCCGACAUGCCACCAGAACACCUGCGGAAGAUCGUCAAGGACAUCGGCGACGUCUCCCAAAAGAAAUACACGAGCGACAAACGCAGCUACCUUGGUGCCUUGAAGUUUAUGCCGCAUGCGGUCAUGAAACUGUUGGAGAACAUGCCCAUGCCUUGGGAAUCAGCCCGCGAGGUCAAAGUCUUGUACCAUGUCAACGGCUGCUUGACCCUCGUCAACGAGACACCCCGCGUCAUCGAACCGGUCUUCUUUGCCCAGUGGGCUACGAUGUGGAGUACUAUGCGGAAGGAGAAGAGAGACCGGAGGCUGUUCAAGCGCAUGCGGUUUCCGCCAUUUGACGACGAAGAGCCCCCGUUGUCUUGGUCCGAGAACAUCGAAGAUGUCGAGCCGCUGGAACCUAUUCAGAUGGACCUCCACGAGGAAGAGGAAGCGGCCGUUUACGAAUGGUUUUACGACCACCAGCCGCUUCUCGACACAUCGCACGUAAAUGGACCGAGCUACAAGAGAUGGAACCUCACACUGCCCCAGAUGGCCGAUCUGUACCGUCUGAGUCUACCGCUGGUGUCCGAUGUCGUCGACCAAAACUACUUCUACCUCUUUGAGUUGAAGAGUUUCCUGACGGGGAAGGCGUUAAAUGUCGCGCUGCCGGGUGGUCCUCGCUUUGAGCCGCUCUACAAGGACAUCGACCCCAACGACGAAGACUUCGGCGAGUUCAACGCCAUGGACCGCAUCAUUUUCCGGAACCCAAUCCGGACAGAGUGUCGUGUUUCUUACCCGUACCUUUACAACGCACUGCCGCGAAGUGUGCAUCUCUCCUGGCAUUCUCACCCGCAGGUCGUCUACCACAAACCCGAGGAUCCCGACCUCCCUGCGUUUUAUUUCGACACCAACAUCAACCCAAUCUCAUCCCGGGCUGUUGCGCCGAAGAACAUCACUGUGAGCCACGAGGAUGAGCUAUUUGGACAGGGCAACCUUGAGGAGCCGGAGGAGGAGGCGUUUGAGCUUCCCGCGGCGAUCGAGCCUUUUUUCGCGGACGAUGAACUUUCGACCGACGACACGGCGUCCGCGAUCGAGCUGUGGUGGGCUCCUUUCCCUUUUGACCGCCGGUCCGGACGCAUGGUGCGGGCUCAAGAUGUGCCGCUCAUUAAACACUGGUACCUUGAGCACUGCCCACCCAAGCAGCCUGUCAAGGUGCGGGUCUCGUACCAGAAGCUCCUCAAGACCUAUGUGCUCAAUGAGCUGCACAAGAAGAGGCCCAAGUCACUGCAGAAGCAGAAUCUGCUCAAAACGCUCAAACAGACGAAGUUUUUCCAGCAAACGACGAUUGACUGGGUCGAAGCUGGACUCCAGGUCUGCCGUCAAGGAUUCAACAUGCUCAAUCUGUUGAUCCAUCGCAAGAACUUGACAUACCUCCACCUUGACUACAACUUCAACCUGAAGCCCGUCAAAACGUUGACGACCAAGGAGCGGAAGAAAUCGCGCUUCGGAAACGCGUUCCACCUGAUGCGCGAGAUCCUGCGUUUGACCAAGCUUAUCGUCGAUGCUCAGGUGCAAUACCGGCUUGGGAAUAUCGACGCUUUCCAGCUUGCUGAUGGCAUCCUGUACGCCUUCAACCAUGUCGGGCAACUGACGGGUAUGUAUCGGUACAAAUACAAGCUCAUGCAUCAGAUCCGCUCGUGCAAGGAUAUCAAGCACUUGAUCUACUACCGGUUCAACACCGAUUCCGUCGGUAAGGGGCCAGGUUGUGGCUUCUGGGCCCCGUCGUGGAGGGUCUGGUUGUUCUUCAUGCGGGGCAUUAUCCCUCUGCUUGAGCGUUGGCUCGGCAAUCUUCUCUCGCGUCAAUUCGAGGGUCGUCACAGCAAGGGAGUCGCCAAGACUGUGACGAAGCAGCGUGUCGAGUCACACUUCGAUUUGGAAUUACGUGCCUCGGUCAUGGCCGACCUGAUGGAUAUGAUGCCGGAAGGCAUCAAACAGAACAAGGUCAACACGGUUCUUCAACAUCUCUCUGAGGCUUGGAGGUGCUGGAAGAGCAACAUCCCCUGGAAGGUCCCUGGCUUGCCUGCUGCCAUUGAGAACAUCAUCCUGAGAUACGUCAAAUCGAAGGCAGAUUGGUGGAUUUCGGUUGCCCACUACAACCGGGAACGCAUCCGAAGAGGCGCUACCGUCGAUAAGACCGUGGCCAAAAAGAACGUUGGACGCCUCACUCGCUUGUGGCUCAAAGCAGAGCAGGAGAGGCAGCACAACCACAUGAAGGACGGCCCAUACGUCUCAUCCGAGGAAGCUGUCGCAAUUUACACCACAACGGUCCAUUGGCUCGAGUCGCGGAAGUUUUCGCCUAUCCCUUUCCCAAGUGUCUCGUACAAGCAUGACACCAAAAUUCUCAUCCUGGCCCUCGAGCGGCUGCGCGAAGCCUAUUCCACCAAGGGCAGGCUGAAUCAGAGCCAGCGUGAGGAGCUUGCUCUGAUUGAGCAGGCUUACGACAGUCCCGGAACCACCUUGGAGCGGAUCAAGCGCUUCUUGCUCACGCAGCGUGCUUUCAAGGAAGUUGGCAUCGAUAUGAAUGACAACUACAGCACCAUCAACCCUGUUUACGACAUCGAGCCCAUUGAGAAGAUCAGUGAUGCGUAUCUUGACCAAUACCUUUGGUAUCAGGCCGAUCAGCGCCAUCUCUUCCCCGCCUGGAUCAAGCCUUCCGACUCUGAAGUUCCACCUCUUCUAGUCUACAAGUGGGCGCAGGGCAUCAACAACCUUGACAGAGUCUGGGAAACGGCGAAUGGAGAGUGCAAUGUCAUGAUCGAGACGCAGUUGUCAAAGGUUUAUGAGAAGAUCGAGCUGACGUUGCUCAACUCGCUUUUGCGUCUGAUCAUGGACCACAACCUGGCCGACUACAUCACUGCAAAGAACAACGUGACGUUGACCUACAAGGACAUGAGCCACGUCAACAGCUACGGCAUGAUUCGCGGCCUUCAGUUUUCGGCCUUUGUUUUCCAGUACUACGGCCUGAUUCUCGAUCUUCUCCUUCUCGGUCCUCAGCGAGCGAGCGAGAUCGCGGGCCCUCCCCAGAGCCCCAACGACUUCCUCCAGUUCCAGGAUCGCGAGACAGAAACCAGGCACCCCAUCCGGCUCUACACCAGAUACAUCGACAAGAUCUGGGUGUGCUUGCGCUUCACGGCUGAUGAGUCGAGGGACCUUAUCCAACGAUUCCUUACGGAACAGCCCGACCCCAACUUUGAGAAUGUCAUCGGCUACAAAAGCAAGAAGUGUUGGCCCAGGGACUCACGAAUGCGGCUGAUGAGACACGACGUGAAUCUUGGGAGGGCCGUUUUCUGGGACCUCAAAAACCGGCUUCCAAGGUCGGUCACAACGGUUGAAUGGGAAGACACGUUUGCUAGUGUUUACAGCAAAGACAACCCCAACCUCUUGUUCUCCAUGUGUGGUUUUGAGGUGCGCAUCCUGCCCAAGAUUCGCAACCAGAACGACGAGUUUCCCGUCAAGGACAGCGUCUGGUCGCUUGUGGACAACACAACCAAGGAACGGACCGCGCACGCAUUCCUCCAGGUGACCGAGGAGGACAUCCAGAAGUUCAACAAUCGUAUCCGCCAGAUUCUGAUGUCGUCCGGCUCCACAACCUUCACCAAGAUUGCGAACAAGUGGAACACUGCCCUGAUCGCCUUGUUCACAUAUUACCGCGAGGCGGCAGUCUCGACAGUCAACCUGCUUGACACCAUUGUCAAGUGCGAGACCAAGAUCCAAACUCGAGUCAAGAUCGGCCUGAACUCGAAGAUGCCGUCGCGCUUCCCCCCAGCGGUUUUCUACACACCAAAGGAACUUGGUGGUCUGGGCAUGAUCUCGGGAUCCCAUAUCCUGAUCCCGGCAAGUGACAAACGUUGGUACAAGCAAACCGAUGUUGGUGUCACGCACUAUCGUGCGGGCAUGUCUCAUGACGAGGAAACGUUGAUUCCCAACAUCUUCCGGUACAUCAUCCCAUGGGAGGCCGAAUUCAUCGAUUCCCAACGUGUGUGGACGGAGUAUUCUCAGAAACGCCUCGAAGCAAACCAGCAGAACCGGAGACUCACCCUGGAGGAUCUCGAGGAUAGUUGGGAUCGUGGCUUGCCUCGUAUCAACACUUUGUUUCAAAAGGAUCGCAGCACGUUGAGCUUCGACAAGGGCUUCCGCACCCGGGCGGAGUUCAAAAUCUACCAGCUCAUGAAGAGCAAUCCAUUCUGGUGGACGAGCCAGAGACACGAUGGCAAGUUGUGGAACCUAAACGCCUACCGCACCGAUGUGAUUCAGGCUCUGGGUGGUGUCGAGACCAUUCUAGAGCACACGCUCUUCAAGGCGACGGGCUUUCCGUCCUGGGAAGGACUCUUCUGGGAGAGGGCCUCGGGUUUUGAGCAGUCUAUGCAAUUCAAAAAGCUGACCAACGCCCAACGGUCUGGUUUGAACCAAAUUCCCAACCGACGUUUCACCCUCUGGUGGUCCCCAACCAUCAACAGAGCAAACGUGUACGUUGGUUUCCAAGUGCAGCUUGACCUUACUGGUAUUUUCCUGCACGGCAAGAUCCCGACGUUGAAGAUUUCUCUCAUCCAAAUCUUCCGUGCCCAUUUGUGGCAAAAGAUACACGAGUCUGUUGUCAUGGAUCUCUGCCAGGUCUUUGACCAGGAGCUGGAGGCUCUGAGCAUCGAGUCGGUCCAAAAGGAGACUAUUCACCCCAGAAAGUCGUACAAGAUGAACAGCUCGUGCGCGGAUAUCCAGCUGUUCGCAAGCCAUAAGUGGAACGUCACCCGGCCAUCACUGCUCUUCGAUAACAAGGACGCGAUCGAGGCAACCACAACAAGCAAGUUCUGGAUUGAUGUGCAGCUUCGCUACGGUGAUUACGACUCUCACGACAUCGAGAGAUAUGUCAGAGCGAAGUAUCUGGAUUACACCACCGACAGUAUGAGUCUGUAUCCCUCCCCGACUGGUUUGAUGAUCGGGAUCGAUCUUGCCUACAAUCUCUACUCGGCCUAUGGACAGUACUUCCCCGGCCUGAAGACUCUGGUCCAGCAGGCUAUGGGGAAGAUCAUGAAGGCAAACCCCGCGCUUUACGUACUGCGUGAGCGCAUCCGCAAGGGUUUGCAGCUUUAUGCGUCCGAGAGCAAUCAGGAGUUUUUGAAUUCCCAAAAUUACUCGGAAUUGUUCAGCAACCAGACCCAGCUGUUCAUCGACGACACGAAUGUAUACCGGGUCACAAUCCACAAGACAUUCGAGGGCAAUUUGACAACAAAACCGAUCAACGGGGCGAUCUUCAUCUUCAACCCCCGCACCGGCCAGCUCUUCCUCAAGAUCAUUCACACCAGUGUCUGGGCCGGGCAGAAGCGUCUUGGUCAACUGGCCAAAUGGAAGACGGCCGAAGAAGUCGCAGCUCUGAUUCGGUCACUCCCAGUCGAAGAGCAGCCGAAGCAGCUCAUCGUCACGCGAAAGGGGUUGCUUGACCCUCUCGAGGUCAACCUCCUGGAUUUCCCCAACAUUUCUAUUCGUGCUUCCGAGCUGCAGCUGCCUUUCCAGGCCGCCAUGAAGGUUGAGAAAUUGGGAGACAUGAUUCUGCGCGCCACUGAGCCCCAGAUGGUGCUCUUCAACCUUUAUGACGAGUGGCUCAAGAGCAUCUCGUCGUACACGGCGUUCUCUCGCUUGAUUCUCAUCUUAAGAGCCCUUCAUGUCAACCAGGACAAGACAAAGCUCAUCCUCCGGCCAGACAAGACGGUGAUCACGCAAGAUCAUCACAUCUGGCCGUCCCUCUCAGACGACGACUGGAUCAAGGUUGAAAUGCAGCUUCGAGACCUGAUCCUUAACGACUACGGGAAGAAGAACAAUGUGAACGUGUCGAGCUUAACCACGAGCGAAGUGCGAGACAUUAUUUUGGGCAUGGAGAUCUCAGCGCCGUCUCUGCAGAGACAGCAGGCUGCCGAAAUCGAGAAGCAGCAGCAAGAGCAGCAGCAACUCACGGCGGUCACAACCAAGACUCAGAACGUGCACGGUGAGGAGAUCAUCGUCACGACGACGUCGCAGUUUGAACAGCAGACGUUCGCCUCCAAGACGGAGUGGCGCACUCGGGCCAUCGCCACAUCCAAUCUACGCACCAGAGCCAACAACAUGUAUGUGGCUCCCGUGGACAGCGACGUGGACGAGAUCACAUACGUGAUGCCCAAGAACAUCCUCAAAAAGUUCAUUACCAUCGCGGAUCUCCGGGUGCAGGUGGCCGGCUAUCUCUACGGAUCCUCCCCGGCCGACAAUGACCAGGUCAAAGAAAUCAAGUGCAUCGUCAUGGUCCCGCAGAUUGGUGGGCUGCGUAACGUGCAGCUGCCGCAGCACCUGCCUCAACAUGAACUGCUAAAGGACAUGGAGCCCCUCGGCAUCAUCCACACCAUGUCUGGCAAUGAGCUCCCGUACAUGUCUGCGAUGGACGUCACCAGCCAUGCCAGGCUAGUCGAUGCCCACAACGCAUGGAACGAGCAAAACACGCUCACGGUUGCAGUGUCGUUUACCCCGGGCAGCGUGUCGCUCUCUGCCUGGGCUCUCACCCCUCAAGGCUACAAAUGGGGCGCGGAGAACAAGGACGUGGGCAGUGAUCAACCGCAGGGUUUCUCAACGGCGAUGGGCGAGAGGCGACAGGUCCUGCUCAGCGACAAGUUCAGGGGCUUCUUCCUGGUCCCCGACACCGGCAAGUGGAACUACAGCUUCAUGGGCAGUGCAUUCGGCGGGCUAGAGAAGAAGGCUAUCCACGUGAAGCUAGACACUCCCAUGCCAUUCUACAGCGACCAGCACCGCCCCAUCCAUUUUUCCAGCUUCAACGAGUUGGAAGAUAUCUGGGUUGACAGGCAGGAUAACUUUGCAUAGAUGCGCGGAUGGGAAGGGUGAGGAUCCGUUGCUCUCGGAAAGAGAGCCCAGGAAGCGGGGAAACGAGGAAACGCGGAAACGCCCAGGCGGCCGGGCAUGACAGACACGGAAGCAAGCGGAUAGCCCCAGGCCGUGAGCGUCGCGUGGUGCAAUAUCAGAUUGUUUGAUCGACUCUCCGGGA